UAGUAAUACAGUACUGAUUGGAUAAGUUAGUCAACAAUAUUUAUAUACAGUAUAUAAUAUAUAUCAUUGAAUAACAUAACAUUUAUAACUAAAAAUAUAUUGAUAACAAUGGCGUCCAAUAUAAGCGCCAAUAAUAUUGAUCUCAAAUUAAUCGGUAAAAUCGGUGACCAACUGGCGACUGGUGUCCGCAAAAUCAAUGGCGGUAACGGUUCGUGUCAUACGUGUUCAGCCGUCGAUACGGUUGUGGCCGUCGAUUAUGGCCAUCGAUUGCCGACGACUGGCGAUGAGUUGAAACGUGUCAACGAAAACGGUAUCCAAAAGGCGUCGUCGUCCGUGUCGUCGUCGUCCACGACAUCAUCGCCGUCGCCGAUGAAGACAAAGUGUACGACCACUGCUGCUGACGGUAAUCAUCAGUCCAAGAGUUCUGCCGCCGCCAAGUCAUCCGUUGGACAUCAACAACAACAACAACAACAACAGCUGCUUAUAAACGGCAAUAAUAACUGUACGAACAAUAAUGUUGUGGACACUAAUGGUGUGAUUAAGAAGAAAAAGAAGACAUCAUUAUCUUCAUCAACGACAACAACAACAACAUCGGCAGCGAAUCACCACUUAAUGGUUAAUGGUUUAAGUGAUGUGUCGUCGACGACAACGUCAACAACAACAACAAAGACUAUGAAAUCUAUUGAGACUAACAAUAGUGCUGUUGUUGUUGUCAACACCGAUACCAUUGCCGCUGCCGGCGAUAGUCUGCCGAAGCAAUCAAAUGGACAGACAGUGUGUCACCGAAAGAGUGACAAUAAUAAAAAACUACACAAUAAUAGUAAUAAUAAUAAUAAUAAUGUUAAACGAAAGUCAAAUCAUAACAAUAAUAAUCAUCAAUCAAAUGAAUGUCAAACAUCAAUGUCACCGAAGAUAUCAAGUGAUCAUAAAAUGGUGGAUAAAAAGUGUGAUUCAAAAGACUUGUCAAAAUUGAAGAAACGCCACAACAAUAGUACCAUCAACUCGUCCGAGAUUAUUAAGAAACAUAAAACGGAUCAAUUGAAUGACAAUAACCAUCAGCAACAACAACAACAUCACCAUAAACUUCAUAACAAUAACAAUGUCUUAGGCAAUGAUAAAAACAAUAACACUGUAAUUACCGGCAAUUUAAGUGACAAUAAUAAUAAUAAUAAUAAUAAAUGUCAUCAUAAAUGUGAACAGUCAUCGAAAACUCAUUCAUUAUCGACAUCAACAACAACGGCAACAGAGAGUCUAGAAAAUAAAACACAAGAUAAUGACAGUGUUGUUAAAUCAGUUGGUGAUCAACAACAACAACAACACAAUGGCUGCGUUAGUGGUGGUAUUGCCGCCGCCGCUGCCAUCAGUAACGGUGAUGCCGUCAUCAUCAGUAGUGCCAGUAGUGGUGACAGUAAUCACAAUAAGCAUCAUAAGUGUAUAUCUUCUUCAUCAUCAACAUCGAGUCAUCAUAAGUCGAUGCCAGUCAACAAAACGCCAGAUAAGGCCAGCAAUACCGCUGCCGCCGCCGCUACCGAAACGCCGCCAACGAAACCGCAAUCGCACUCGAAGUUUAUGAAGUCAGCCAUGUGUUCAAAGUGUCGCAGAAAAUCCGUAUCCAAUGUACGCAUACAAUGCAAAAUGGAUCAGUACUUGUCCUCAAGAUUGCAAACAUUUCCACCCACACUAUCACUGUCGCUGCAGACGCCACGGUUACCGCUGCCGGCACCCGACUUACUGAACCUCAAGUACGGCAAAUACUAUCGCGUGGAACACUAUCCGAACGGUAUGGCCAAAGUCUUGCAUCUGUAUUGGGACGAAAUCAUACAUUUGACUGUCGAUGAACGGGACGAGUUGGCCAUCGAAUUUCUGAAGGAAAGUUUUCGCGAAGAAUCCACGAAUGUAGCCAAAUAUGUUAUAUCUAUUGUACACAAUGCAGCGUCAACUAUGCCCGACCUGUUGGAGUUUUUUGCCGACAGCGAACCCGCCCUAACGGUCAAAGCGGGUGUUUUAGGACAUUCCGGUUCCGAUAUCGAGACGACAACAUUGCAGGCCUACAGAGAUAAUGUGCACAAAAACUACAAUAACGGUACGUUUCGUUAUGGACCCCUUCAUCAGAUAUCGCUGGUCGGUACCGUACACGAGGAAGUCGGAGGUUAUUUUCCGAAAAUGAUUCAACUACUCGAACAGUCGCCAUUCCUCAAGUAUGUUAUGCCAUGGGGUCAUAUGUCUGCCGUACGUAUGGCAACACCCGAAGAAUCAAACGACGGUCCGAUAUUGUGGAUCAGACCCGGCGAACAACUGAUACCGACGGCCGAACUUAGCGCUAGUGGUGGCGGCCAAAAAACACCGAAAAGUAGCCAAAAACGUGCGCAAAGUGAACUCCGCGGUCUACAGUUGCGUAGGAUUAGUGAGCCCCGGGAGAUGAUGUUCGAGGACAGAACCCGAUGUCACGCCGAUCACGUUGGCCAAGGUUUCGAUAGGCAAACAACGGCAGCCGUCGGCGUAUUGAAAGCUGUCAACUGUAACAGCCAAUGGAAAUACAAUCGGGUGACCAAAGAUGUUGUCGCCUUUCAUGCGGCCGACUUUGACCAGCUGACCCAAAAGUUACAGCUCGACCUACACGAACCGCCCGUUUCCCAAUGUAUCACCUGGGUCGAGGAUGCCAAACUGAAUCAGUUGCGCCGGGACGGCAUACGCUACGCCCGUAUUCAACUGCACGAUAAUGAUAUAUAUUUUUUGCCCCGCAAUAUCAUUCACCAGUUUCGUACUGUUUCCGCCGUCUCUUCAAUCGCAUGGCACGUACGGCUCAAACAGUACUACAGAAACGGCGAGUCCCGUAAAGAUCCGAAACGAAGCUAUAAAAUGAGUUACGACUCGUCUAUGUCGUCCUCAUCGGCGGCGACGACAACAACGGCAGACAAAGACAAAUUAAAAGAGCAGAACAACAACAAAGACAAGGAUAGGGAGGACAGGGAUAGUAAGGCUAAGGAUAGAGAACGGAUCGAUAAAGUGAAACGAAAGAUGAUAUUUAAUUCGUCGCAAAACAACGAAGAAUCGGUUACAACGUCAUCGUCAGUGGCGGCGGCGUCACCGGCAAAGAAAAAAGUGAAACUAGUGGUCGAUUUGCCGACAAAUGAUAGGCUACUGCUGCCGAUCGGUGACGACGGCGGUGGCGGCGGUAAUAGCGCUAAUGAUUGUAAGCCCAGUCCAGUUGAUGUGGAUACCGGUGCCGAUAACGAUAAUAGUAUAUCACAACAACAACAACAACAACAACAACCGGUUCAAGCAAUAGACAUCAAUGACAUCCAAAGUAGUAGUACUCAGGAGUCAAAACAAAUUACUACUACAACUACUACUAGUAGUAGUAGUAGUAGUAGUAGUGGUAUCAUUGGUACCGGUAGUAGUAGUGGUGAUACCCAAUCGCACACAAACAUAAAAAUUGAAACAUAAUAGUACUUAAUAGUGACUUAAAAGUUUUUUUUUGUUUAUUAAUUAAUUUUUUUUUGUUUUGUUUAAUCAAUUUAAUUGUUUUUUUUAAUAUGUUUUGUUUUAUUUGUUUGUUUGUUUUGUCACAUCAUUGUAGAUACCGACCGACACACAUGAACACACAGAUAGACAUUAUUAUUAUUAUCAUUGAAGACAUUUGAUUCAAUAUAAACUUAUGUAACAUAACUUUGAUGUUGUUGUUGUUGUUGUUGUUUCAUAACUUUAUA